GGGGGCAGGCGGGGAGAGAGAGAGAGAGAGAGAGAGUUCAGACGCUCUAAGCGGAGUGGGAGAGACAGCUCUUAACUACGGCGCAUAGAUUUUUUUCCGGACACGUUCGAGUACGGCGGCGGCCACGGAAGCGCUUUGACCCGAGUUUUUUGCGUAAGGACGUUGGAGCUUAUACGGCGACGACUAUUAUUUCGGGCGUUGGAAGGUUUGGAUUUUGCUCUGUCUGUCGGGAAUGGACAAAACUCUACUGUGUCUGUGAUUAGACGACUGUUAUAACUCCUUAAAUGGAUUACGCGGCGGUGCUAAACGCCUUCUCAAGUGACAUGGAAAUAGACCUACAUGGUACGGGACUUUUGUGAACAUUUCUGUAAAUAUUUACAGAUUUUAAUCAAUUCUGUUGCAUAAGUUUGAGCUUUUCCUCGGCGAUAGCACGGAAAACAUGGAGGCUGCCUCGCCGAGCUUCCAACCGCAUCCUGGACUUCAGCAAACUCUGAAGCAAUUCCAUCUGAGCUCCAUGAGCUCGCUCGGGGGACCGGCGGCUUUCUCGGCUCGAUGGCAGCAGGACAUGCUCUUCCAGAAGGAUGGCAAAAACGCCGAAGUUCUGCUCAACCUCCCCGCCCAGACCCCCCCGGUAAUGUCGGGGCCCCUCUUCAUUCCUUCCGACCGCUCUACCGAGAGGUGCGAGACGGUCCUGGAGCGCGAGCCAAUUUCAUGUUUCGUUGUCGGCGGUGAGAAGCGGCUGUGCCUGCCGCAGAUCCUCAACACCGUCCUACGCGAUUUCUCCCUCCAGCAGAUCAACUCGGUUUGCGACGACCUCCACAUCUACUGCUCCCGGUGCACCGCGGACCAGCUGGAGAUCCUGAAAGUCAUGGGGAUCCUGCCCUUCUCCGCGCCGUCCUGCGGUCUAAUCACGCAGACGGACGCGGAGCGCCUCUGCAACGCGCUUAUUUACGGCGGAACGUUCCCCCCGCACGCCGAUAAGGACCCAUCCUGUUCGAUUGGACUCGAGCGAACGGAAAAAAGCUUCAAAGUCUACCACGAGUGCUUCGGAAAGUGCAAGGGGCUGUUCGUCCCGGAGCUAUACACGAGCCCCGGCGCCGCUUGUUUGCAGUGCCUGGACUGCAGACUCAUGUUCCCGACCCACAAGUUCGUUGUGCACAGCCACAAACGGCUGGAGAACCGGACCUGCCACUGGGGCUUCGACUCGGCCAACUGGCGGGCCUACGUGCUCCUGGACCGGGAGUACACGGAGAAGGAGGAGCGGCGCGAGCUGCAGCAGCUCCUCAACGAAAUCAAGGCGAAAUUUGACAUCGCGAGCAAGUACAAGAGCUCGUCCUUCAGGUCCUACAGCCCAGUCCCAGCCAAGAGGGCCAAGCAGGACCCCUGCCUCUCCCCAUCACCCGCCAAAGACAAGCAAGCCGAUUGGCUGCAGGCACUGUCGUCAUCCGCUAAUAAGGAACUCAAGCAGUUGCAGCUGAAGCAGCGACCCUCUGCGUUCCGGCCCUGGUCUCCUAGAAACACACCAGCAGACAAGGACACCAGCAGCCUUCAGCACGAGAGGUUGUCCUGUAAGGACUCUGACCACCCCGCGCGGCCCAGGAGCCCCCAGAACGAGAAGGACACGUCACCCCCCACCCCCCGAGCGUCCAGCCAGGAGCGGAAUUCUACUGGGGUGGCAGGGGACCCCUUCAGAACGCCCCAGAAAUGUCCGGCGGGAGAGAGCGUCCCCCAAGCGUCCAAACCCACCCCCGCCACGGACAACCAGCCGUCCGAGGACAGCGGGGCGGAUGGAGAGAUCGAGGUGGACAACUGUGAGGAUGUGCCCAGACCCUCCUCUUCUCUGGCUCCUCCCCCUUCGCUGCCAUCCAGCAGGGGAUUGGUCAGCUCGCUGAGUGGGGCGGGGCACUCGGAGCUGGAAGUGCUGCGGCACACGCUGCAGGGAGACCUGAACUCGCGCGAGGCUCGAGAGCGCUUCCUACAGGACGUGCUGAGAAUGCGACUCAAACAGGAGGAGAAGCUAAACGCCGCCCUGCAGGCCAAACGCAGCCUGCAGCAGGAGCUGGAGUUUGUGCGUGUGACGAAGAAGGGUCGCCUGCGGGAGGCGCUAGAGGCCAAGCGGAGCCUGCGUAAGGAGAUGGAGCGCCUGCGUGCCGAGAGCGAGCGGAGGGUGCGCCACGCCAGCGAGGCCUGCAGCCGGCUCAAGAGGGCGCUAGAGAGAGAACGCCAGCUGCACGUGUGUGAGCGCGACUGUGAGUCCGACUGCCUACGGGCACGCUACUCCACACAGAUUGAGGACCUGCAGGUGAAACUGCAGAAGGCGGAGGAGGACCGUGAGCAGCUGCGGUCAGAUCUACAGAGGGAGCGAGAGGCUCGUCAGAACCUGGAGCGUGUGGUCAGGGACCUCCAGGGCCAGCUGGGGCCCAAACACACGGGCACCGACGACACGCCACACACACCACACACACCACACACGCAACACACACCACACACACCACACACACCACACAGACAGGGAGAGCAGAGUGAAAACGCUGAUAUCUCUUAACCUGAGCACAGAACAGCCAUGUGUGUGUGUGUGUGAGAGAGAGAGACAGAGAGAGAGUGUGUGUGUGUGAGAGAGAGAGAGAGAAAGAGAGAGAGUGUGUGAGAGAGAGAGAGUGAGUAUGUGUGUGUGUGAGAGAAAGA